AUGCCCAGAGUGGUCGACAAGGCGCGCCAGGCGCACAAGCUGGCGAGCCAUUACGCGGCACUGGCUGGGAAGGCAAAGACAGAGGGCGAAGAGGUGGCUGGUCAGGUGGCGGCACGCAACGCUCCGCUCCACGAUGUCUUCUCCCGGCUCUCUCAAGGCACACAGGCCGUGCUCCACGUCAUGAUCCACUACGGGCACUCGGUCGGCGACAUGGAGGCGACGCUGGCCACCUUUGCCGAACUCGUCACCACCAUCCGUGGCGAGUUGGAGACCGUACUGCAGGAUCUGGCGGCGACCAAGCUGGAGGACGGCCACACAGCCGGGCCUGGCCUCGCCUCGCUCUUCGACUUUGUCGACUCGGACUCGGUCUAUGGCUUGCUCGGCGAUCUGGACGUUCACUUUGCACACUUGCGCCGGCUGUAUGUCUUUCUCAAGCAGAACCUGCGGGUGGUGCAGGGCAAGCACGUCUCGUGCGUCCGAGCCCUGGAGGAUUCGUACACGCGCUGGGCCACCGAGUACCCGCGCAAGACCGGGCCCGAGAUGCGGACGCUGCUGGCCGCCAUGGACGCGGCUGCGGCGACGCUUGCGGCCGGCGAGCUCACCGUCAACGAGCACCUCGCCGCCGUCUCUGCGCCCGAUGCCCCGCUGACCGGCGACGCCGCCAAGGCCUCGCACGCCAAGGUCUCCGAAACCGUUCUUGCCAUGUACGAGGCCCACCACACGGUGCUCUCAGCCAAGGCCUCGCUUGAGCGCAUUCACGCUUCACAGGCCUCGGUCUUCACUGCAGGGGUCGAGCUCGCCGCCGCCCUGGUCGACCUCGAGCCUGAGCUCGCCUCCAAAAUCGCGCUGCUCGACAAUCUCGAGUUUCAGUUCUCGGACGGUCUGCAGAAGCUCAUCGCCACUUACUCUGAGCUGCACCAUCUCACGGCAUGGUACACCGCCUUUGCCGAGGCCUACGCCGAGCUCGGGACCGAGGCGCUACGAAGGCACGCUGCGCACACCCGCCUUCACGACUACAUCGCCUCUGUCAACACCACCCUCGCUGCCAUGGCCACCGAGGAGCGGGAAGCGCGCGCGCUAUUUUUCGAGAACUACGGCCGCUUCCUUCCUUCGGCGCUCUACACCCACACCGAUGAGCCGCAGUGGGGCGUGGUCCAGCUCACCGCGCCUUUGCCGAACCCCGGAGCCGCCAGCGUCACCGAGCCAAGCGAUCAGAUCGCCAGUGAGCCUGGCAAGGGUGGUCUUGCACUCGCGUCUGCACUCGACCCCGCCGCUGCCGCUGCGACUCUCGUUGCUGCACCAGCAUUAGCCGAGUGCGGACGGGAGUCGGCGACCGGGCGACGGCGGAACGGCACAUUUGUCGCUGAGACCAACAUGAACGCCUUGAGCAUUGCGCGCAACAUGCUCCGCAAGGGGCUGCCCCGCUCGCUCAAGGAGCUGUACUACUCAGGCACGGUCAAGGGAGGACGCUUUGUGGGCAAGGACCAGUUCGGUAACGAGUACUACGAGGACCUGGAGGACUUGUAUGGCAAGAACCGCUACGUGCUGUACGGCAACCCGGCCGAGAUGGAGGCGACAGCGGUGCCGGCCGAGUGGCACUCGUGGAUGUGCCAGAUGAAGGACACGCCGCCGUCGGCUGGCGCGGUUGUCGAGCGCAAGUUCUUCGAGGCCGAGCACACGCCCAACGGGACUGGCACUGCCACCUCGUACACGGCCACCAACUCGCUCGAUGGCGUCAAGAACGACACCGUCGAGGUCUGGCGCAAGGACUCUCCCACCGAGAUCAAGCCGCGCGAGUACCCGGCCCACUUCUGACUUGCCCCCCGAGCUCCAUCGCGUCUCGUCCGCCUCGUCUGUCACCCGCC